ACGUGCACCAUGGCCAUGACUCUGGGUUACUGGGACAUCCGCGGGCUGGGGCAUGUCAUCCGUCUGCUCCUGGAAUACACAGACUCAAACUAUGAGGAAAAGAGAUACACGAUUGGAGACGCUCCGGACUAUGACAGGAGUCAUUGGCUGAAUGAGAAAUUCAAGCUGGGCCUGGACUUUCCCAAUCUUCCCUACUUGAUUGAUGGGCCUCACAAGCUCACCCAGAGCAAUGCCAUCCUGCACUACAUUGCCCGCAAGCACAACCUGUGUGGGGAGACAGAAGAGGAGAAGAUCCGCAUGGACAUCCUGGAGAACCAGGUUGUGGACACUCGUAUGAGUUUUGUCAUGCUGUGCUACAACCCUGAUUUUGAGAAGCUGAAGCCACAGUACUUGGAGGAGCUCCCUGACAAGAUGAGGCUCUUCUCAGAGUUCCUGGGGCAGCGGCCGUGGUUUGCAGGGGACAAGAUCACCUUUGUGGAUUUCCUUGCUUACGAUGUUCUUGACCUGAACCGUAUCUUUGAUCCUAAGUGCCUGGAUGCGUUCCCAAACCUGAAGGACUUCAUGGCCCACUUUGAGGGCCUGAAGAGGAUCUCUGCCUACAUGAAGUCCAGCCGCUUCCUCCCAAGACCUAUUUGUACAAAUCAAGCCAUGUGGGGCUAUAAGUAGGGUCUGUAAAUCCAGUAGAUGGGAGGAGGAGCCAGCCCUGUUCCUGCUGCCCCAGGCUGGGAGAACACCUGCCCUCAUCCCCCAGCACCAUCCCUCUCCUUCGUUUUCUUCCUUUCUUUCCAUUCUCCUCCCCCAAGGACUUAUUUGCCUUCUUUUCUCCACCCCAACCUCAUCCCAUCCAGGCCCUUGAAAGCCUCAGCUCUCACUUCCCUUCAGCCAAGUGCCCCUCAUGACCUGUCUUGCCCCUGCAGGGAAGCCAAGCAGACCACCUUUCCCUCAGUGUAGCCUUUGCUCAGAGGAGCUGCCUGGACUCCAGCCUGUAGGGCUCAGCCCUGAGCUCCCUACUCUGCUGGUCCCUGAGAGACCAGUAUGGAUGGUGUGUGGGGCCUGCUUCCGUGGUCCCUGCCCCAGCCCUGUCUGAUACCCAGGUGGGGGCUGAGCCACACGUACUGUGUCUUGUCCUCCUGGCUGCCUGGACUCAGGCCUAGCUCUGGUAGUGGUGGUGGUGGUUGGAGGAGAGGGUGUCUUCCCUUUGUCCUCUGGCAUCCAAGGUGGGGGCUGGGUGGAUGGUGUCAUGUGUAUGGGGAGGGUUAUAAUGUUUCUUGCUCACUUCUGUCUCCUCCUCAUGUCCCUCUGUCCCUCACCAUAGGGAUGUCUACCAAAGGGAGACCCCAUCUAAGCCUGAUGCCCUCAUUAAUUCAGCUUUCAUCAAGUCCAUGAGGACCUGUGUGUGUGGUUGUGAGGGUGCCGGGGCAAUGGGGAAGGGACUGAGCUGUCCAUACGGUGUGGGGUCCUGGGGGACUACCUCCUGUCACCCUCUCCCGGAAGCUUUCACUGAUCCCAUAGUAAAUCUGAACAUCACAUAUCCCACUGUAUUGUAACUGUUGUUUUACCUGUUUUUCUGCCUUACUAGAACAUAAAUUCAUGGAGGAAAGAA